GAGAAAAAAGCUGUCAGUGAUGCACUGUUGAAGCUUGAAAAAGAGAUGGGAAAUGAACAAAAGUUGAAUUUAGAAAUUGCUGAACUAGAGGAACAACUCAAGGUUUUCAAGUGUGUGAACUUGGAGGAAGCUGAUCAUGAGAAUAAAAGAAAGAUAGAAAUAGAAGAGAUAGAAGAAAAAUUGGAGGACAUGAUUUUUGAUAUGUCCGUAAAAGAUGAUGAAAAUCAAGCUUUGAAGAAGAAGGUACAAGAAGCUAAAAUCGAGCUAGAAGAUGCUAGGCAACAAAUUAUUAAGGAAUUACCACAGUUCUUGAAAGGGGUUACUAAGAUUCAAAUAAAAAAAAUUGGGGAGGUCAGUGCUAGGUCAUUUAAAAAAGUGUGCAUGAAUAGGUAUAAAAAUAACAAAAAAGCAUCAACGGGGUCUGUCAAACUGUGCGCAAAGUGGCAAAAAGAAAUUCUGGAUUCAACAUGGCACCCUUUUAAGAUUGUUGAUGUCGAAGGGAAGGAAAUACAGGUAUAUGAUACAUCUUGGUUCCUUCUAUGUUUUCUUCAUGUUUUGGUUUAACAUAGCUGUGAAUUAGUAGAAGAGAAGGCUCGUUCAAAUGUAAUAAUGUUACUUUAUUAUAGAUCCCAUAAACACAUGUUCAUGUAAGAAAAUUUUAUGUAUAUCUCCAAUUUAGAGUUUGUUACAACCAAACUGGCAUAAUCUGUAAAACAUGGCAUGUUAUCAGCAGGGUAGGGGAUUCAAUUAUGUGUCACAAAUGUACA